AUGCGCCUCGCAUGGCUCUGGUGGGCGGCGGCGUGUGCCGCUGUGCAUGCGCUGCCUUCAGACGAGACCACGCGCACACAGAGCGAGGCGCUUGAAGAAGCCCUUGUUAUGCUGCGCUCCCUUGUUGGUCAGAAAGACUCGUUUAUCGAUACCCCCUCGUCGGGCGGCCAGCUCCGACGCAUUUGGCGGCGUUGGACGCAGCACCAUGCUUUGUCACCCCAGCAACAUGCGAUGGGCACCUACACAGGUACCAUUCGCUAUGCUCUGGCUACGCUGCUCGAUUAUGUCAUGGACAAGCCUCGCGAUCCCCAACGUGCGCCGCACACGUACUAUGACUCUCCCGUCGUGCCUCUAUGGCCUGACUGGGACUUUGACGCCGACAAAGCGGCAGGCACGUACCCUGCCAUAAAUGGCUGGGAACAGGCGAUGUGGGGCCCGUUUGUCGGCCCCAUCCACGAUGCACCUUCACCUGCUAUGUCCUCUAUCGUCCACAACUUUACCUCGGCGUACUCGAAAAGUUCGCUCUUAGACCUUGUGCGUGGCGACAUGCCACCGCCUAUCACACCUACUCCGGAUCCGGCGCUGCAAAAUGUCAGGGUGCACGCGAUUCGCCUGCUUGAAUCCGUCGCAUACCCCGACAAUGAUGACAAUGACGCCGAGCACCUCAUUCGCGCUUCCUUUAUCGCGAACCAAACACGCACACCGCAGUCAGAUGCGCUCUGGAUCUUAGGCGAACAUUACCUGUGGGGCACGCACGGUGCACAGCCCGACAUUGAGAAAGCGCGCCAAGCGUACGAACGCCUCGCUCUGAUGGGGAAUGCGACGGCGCAUGCACGUCUCGGCUACCUGUAUUCGAGUCGCUUUAUGGCCGACAUACACGGUGCGCCGCGCUCUGAAGCCGAGGCCUUGAUCCAUUAUACGAUGGCUGCGCAAGAAGGCGACUGGCACGCCAUGAAUGCCCUGGCGUAUCGCCAACUAUAUGGCCUCGGGACAUCCGUCAAUUGCACCGAGAGCCUCAUCUGGCUCGACCAUCUCGCUCAGCGCGCCCAUAACGAGUUUCUUGCCGGUCCACCGGGCGGCCUGACUCUGCCGUAUAACAAAGUUCGCCUCAGUGACCGUGUGCGCCUCGGUGGCCCGACAUUUCAACUGGCGUCGGGUCAGCAUUUCAAAGCCACAUUCUCGUCCUCGCCCAUCUCGUACUACAAAGCGCUGUCGGACAAACCGCCAGCACUGCUCCUUGACGCACAUGCGCUGCACGAGCUCAUGGAACAGUACGAAUUUCUCGCACAGGAGGAUCCUAUCGAGCAGAUCCGUUACGUGUUUGCGAUGUACUUUGGCAGCAUCGUCGGGUACCGCGAGUCCCUCGGUGCUGUGCGUCCGAACUACACCGAGGCAGCGAGACACGCCUUAGCCCUGGCAACCAAGGCAUGGCCCAUUCCCAUUUUACUCUCGCAUGUGGACGAAGAACUCGUGCGACAUGGACGCCGUGGCCCGCUGUUGCGCUACGUGUCCCUUCCAUCGUAUCAAGCCUAUGCAGCCAAGAAAGCCGCCGUACUUCUGGGCGUCAUGCACCUGCGUGGCGAAGGCGUGCCGCAGGAUGCCAAGAUCGCGAAAGUAUGGCUCACGCGCGCAGCUACCGAGGGCGACGCGCUUGGCAUGGCGUACCUUGGCAUGAUGUACGAGCAUGGAUACGGCGGCCUCAAGAUCGAUACCUCCCGGGCCUGGGACUUGUACCGCCAUUCGUACAACAACACGUCCCUGUCGCUGCUCGGCAUGGCCAAGCAGCAAAUCAAAGCGGGACACCCCGAGCAUGCUCAGCCGAUCCUUUUGAAUGCGCUGGAGCGGAUCGGCACGCCCAAGGGCCUAGCAUUUACCUCGGCCAAGUUUGAUGCCUUGUAUUGGAACGCAGGCCUGGAGGCGGAUUACCUGUACAAAGCCCCGGAUCCAACGCGCUGCCGCCAGGUCGCGACCAAGUUCCAGGCACUCGUGCACCGUGGCGACUGGGAAGAUCCUGUGUACCACCGUGGCGAGGCUGCCUUGGAUCGCGGCGAUGUCGCCACGGCGCUUCAUGCAUGGUCCAUGGCCGCCGAGGCGGGCAUGGCUGAGGCGCAGGACAAUGUGGCCCACAUCCUCGAUCAGUUCACGUCGUGGCGGCACAUCGUCGAGCCACGCCCAUACGAUGCCCUGGCGCUCGAGUACUGGGCGCAGAGUGCGAUGCAAGACAGCACUCUUGCUCAGACCAAGAUUUGCGAUUAUGUCCUUCAUGGCUUCCUACCACACCGCCGCAGCAUGGCACAGGCCGCUCGGUGCUACCGCUCGCAAGUUGAUGGGUCGAACGAUCUACUCAACAAGUGGCGUCUCGCACAGCUGUACGAAGAUGGCGCAGAAGGCUUUGAGCGUGACUUUCCCCUGGCCAAGCGCCUGUAUGACGUGAUUCUGCUGCACAGCCCCCUCCUGAAUCUCACUGUCACUUGGGCUCUUAUGCGUCUGCACGCCAAGGCAUUCUGGGCGAUGCUGUGUGGCGAUACCACCGCUCAGAGGCUCUUUGCCUCGUACAUGCCCACCGUGUCCCUGCAAGUGUCGUCUGACUGGCUCUUCGAUGCCACAUUGCUCCUCGCCAGCCUGGCGGCUCUCGGCCUCCUCGUGCUUGUCCGUCGGCAUAUGCACCGCCGCUGGACCGAAACACAGCGCGCCUAUCAGGACGCGCGUACACUGUAG